UCACUCAAAUUCCACACCCAAAAAAAUGGCUACAACUUGGCUUGAAGCACUGCCGGCCCAGCACAAAAGGCUCAUCAUGAACGAACUAGUUCACGGCCGGAACAGGGCGAGGGAGCUUCAGUCUCUCCUCAACAACCGCGGCCAUGGCUCGACGAGUUCGCGUUCGGAGGAGGAGCUUGUGAUGGAGAUCGUGAAGUCUUUCAGUGAGAGUCUUUCUGUUCUGAGUGAGUCGUCGGCUAAGUUUGGUGGUGAUGAUCAACAGUACUCCGGUACUACUGGAUGUGGAGGGGGUGAGACUGUUAAAGCGGAGCAGUCCCAUGUGGAACAUUCGCAUUGCGGUGACCGGAGUUUUGAAGAUUCCGGCGAGAGCAAGAAGAGGCCGGGUGUGAAGGAUCGGAGAGGUUGCUACAAGAGAAGAAAGAACUCAGAGUCAUGGGCAACGGUCUCAUCCACAGUUGAAGAUGGUCAGGCUUGGAGGAAAUAUGGCCAGAAGGAAAUCCUCAAUGCACCAUAUCCAAGGGCUUACUUCAGAUGUACUCGCAAGUAUGAUCAAGGUUGCCAAGCAACCAAACAAGUCCAACAAACCCAAGACACACCAAAACUGUACAAAACCACCUACAUUGGAAACCACACGUGCAGAAUGAUUAGGGCCCCACAGACGAUAAUGGGCGCUUCCCAUCCUCCUGCUUUGGAUUCCCAUGCUCCUCCUCGAGCUACUGUUAGCUCGGAAUCCGGGUCGACUCCUAUUUGCAAUAAGAAAGAACAUCACGGUGAUCAUGGUGGUCAUCUCUCUAGCUCAUUGUCGAUGAUUCCCUUCCUUCCGGUGAAGAAAGAAGAGCCCAAGGAGGGGACGACGACUUCGAGUGGUCUGACGGACAACCUUAACGAUACAAGUGAUAUGUGGCCGGGGUUCCAUUUUGGGUUCCCUGAGGCUGAGACUACUGUAUUGUCUGAUGAAAAUGUGGUUUCGAACAUGCAGUUCUUGGACAUGCACUUGGUGAAGUCUAUUGAUGAUUUCGAGAAGUUUGAUUUUGAUCAAGUCUAUUGAUGAAGUUGCAUUUCCUUUAGUGAUGAAUAGCUAAGCUAGCUAGGUUUGGUUGUUGAUAAUGUUACUCUUGAAUUUGUAGCUUAAAUGUAUCAUCAUUAUAUUUGAAAAGAAGAUCCAAAUGUAUCAUC